CUGACACAGUUCCCACCACCCGCGCUGCCCGCCACGUCCCCGUUCUCGGCCGAGGGCUCAGUGUGGAGGGUGACCUUUCCAAAUCCAGAGCGAUGACGGCUCCCUGCUCCCGGCUUGCCCGGCACUCUGGGCGCUGCCGGUUCCGGCUCGUGCGGUUCCCGCAGUCAAAGCCGCUGCUGCUAACGCUGCUGCUGUCGGUCGUGUGUCCGGCGCGCGGCUGGGAGAGCGGAGACCUGGAGUUGUUUGACUUGGUGGAGGAGGUGCAGCUCAACUUCUACCAGUUUCUUGGGGUGCAGCAGGAUGCUUCAUCUGCAGACAUCAGAAAAGCAUAUCGUAAGCUUUCUCUAACUUUACAUCCUGACAAGAAUAAAGAUGAAAAUGCAGAAACUCAAUUUAGACAAUUGGUGGCCAUUUAUGAAGUUUUGAAAGAUGAUGAGCGGAGGCAGAGGUACGAUGAUAUCCUGAUCAAUGGACUUCCAGAUUGGCGACAGCCUGUAUUCUACUAUAGGCGGGUGAGAAAAAUGAGCAAUGCUGAGCUGGCAUUACUCUUGUUCAUUAUUCUCACCGUGGGUCAUUAUGCAGUGGUUUGGUCAAUCUACUUGGAAAAACAACUGGAUGAGCUACUUAGCAGAAAAAAGAAAGAAAAGAAAAAAAAGACAGGCAGCAAGAAUGUGGAAACAUCGAAACUCAGUGCUGCAGACAAAAAUGAAAGAUUGCUGACAAAACCACAGUGGCAUGACUUGCUGCCAUGUAAACUAGGAAUUUGGUUCUGUCUUACACUAAAAGCAUUGCCUCAUCUAAUCCAGGAUGCUGGGCAGUUUUAUGCUAAAUAUAAAGAAACGAAAUUGAAGGAAAAGGAAGAUGCGCUGACUAGAGCUGAACUUGAAACACUUCAGAAACAGAAGAAAGUGAAAGUAAAAAAGCCAAAACCUGAAUUUCCUGUAUACACACCUUUAGAGAGUACAUAUAUUGAAUCUUAUGAUCAUGGAACAUCUAUAGAAGAAAUUGAAGAACAAAUGGAUGAUUGGCUGGAAAACAGGAGCAGAACACAGAGAAAACAGGUACCUGAGUGGACAGAGGAGGAUCUCAGCCAACUGACAAGAAGUAUGGUUAAGUUCCCAGGAGGGACUCCAGGUCGAUGGGAAAAGAUUGCCCAUGAAUUGGGUCGAUCAGUGACAGAUGUAACAACUAAAGCUAAGCAACUGAAGGACUCAGUUACCUGUUCCCCAGGAAUGGUUAGAUUGGCUGAACUCAAGUCAACAGCUCAGAAUUCCAAGCCCAUUAAGACUCCUACUACUUUGCCAGAUGACAUCAUCACCCAGAGGGAAGAUGCAGAGGGGAGAGUAGAGGAAGAGGAGCAGGAGGAGGGUGCAGAAGAGCAGAAUGAGGCUGAGACUGCUGAAACCCAGCCUCGGAGGCGGAAGGUAGCCAAACCUCUGGAGACAGUAACAAGGGUGGAGCCAGAGGAGAAGGCCAGAGCAAAGAGGCAGAAGGACUUUGAUUUAUCAGAACAGAAUGAAUCCAGUGAUGAGGAGAGCCAGAGAAAAGAGAGACCUCGUGCUGCAGAGGAGCCCUGGACUCAGAAUCAACAGAAACUUCUGGAAUUAGCAUUACAGCAAUAUCCAAAGGGAUCUUCUGACCGCUGGGACAAAAUAGCCAAAUGUGUCCCAUCAAAGAGCAAGGAAGACUGUAUUGCUAGAUACAAGUUGCUGGUUGAACUGGUCCAAAAGAAAAAACAAGCUAAAAGUUGAAUAUUCUGGAAGAUGAUGUUCACUCUCAUGUUCCAAAAUGAAUAUUUUUACAAUCUUAUGCAGAAAUGUGUAUUUUGUACCUCAGUAUUUCUAUACGUCAUGUGCCUUAGUAAAAAUAAAUAAAUAAAUAA